ACAGGCUUCAGUCAGCUUGCUUCCUGUUAUAGUGAAGUCCUUUGUGACAGAAGUACCUUAGUCUGUUUAUGAAGAAGUAGUUUGUUAAGCAGCCAAUUCUCAGCAAAGGGAACCUGAACCUCAGUUAAAUCCCUUCUGCUCAGGAUUUUCUCUCUCUCCUUUCCUGUAAUAAAGCUAAAGGAAAGUUUAUGGCAGCAGGCACAAACUUUAAUGCAGUGUCGGUUAGCAACAUCACUUUCAACAUGCAUGUGGCCCCAACAGGAGCUCAGAAGUAAGGAUUUCCACCUGGAGGUGCAGGUUUAUGUGCAUAAUGUAUGUAUCUUUGUGAGCUGGGUUUUGCUGCUAUACUGGAAAUGUAAUGAUGCAGUUCUUAGUAAAAAUGCUGCUCCAUGACUAAUGGUACCCUGUAGGAAACCUGCAGUUGAAUCCGUGCCUUGUAUUAGAACCCGUGGAUGUGAAUCUCUGCUCCGUGUCCAUGGCUGGUAGCAGGCACUGCUUUGGACUACACAGCCUGUGUGAAACCUGGGAGCAAUGUGGUUCCCUUGGUGCAUGUAUCAAGCUAAAUUCCUUCAUUAUCCAGACAACUAUACAAUGUCAAGGUCAGCCUAUGCGCAGGAAAGUAGGACAGAUAAGCUUAGUUCCACCUAGGGUACAGCAGAACGCCGACCAUCACGGUGUCUUUGUGCCAAAUAUACUUCCAGCUGACACUCAGUAUCUUUCUGGGCAGCCUGCAGUGUGGUGAGUCCUUUUUCCUGUGCUGUUCUGUGACAGACACAGAUAUGAAGGGCACGUUUAUCUUCCAGAUACAUUAAGCAGCUGCAAAAUUGAAUUGGCAAAACUGGCUUUUUGGACUGGCCAAAUGAUGUGCUCAUACGUGCUCGAGAGUCUUUCGUGACACAGCAAUUGCACUCUAAUCAGAAGAACAGGUUUGCAAGCAAGAUGGGAGGGCUGUAGUUCAUUGCCAGUGUCAGAGAAGAAAUGAUGAUGCUUCUUAUGAGGCCAAAGCUUGCUUUGAAUGGGCCGCUGCUGUCGAGGAGGGUGAGAACCCUGAGUAAGCUUACCAUCAAACUCAAGUAGUUCCAUGACACCCAGUGAGCCAGCUGAUGGAAGUCUUGCUAUCAGAGCGUUAGGCUCCAAGCUCUUUACACCAUUGUCCUGAUAUUACGAAAGCAAGCCAUAACCUGCUUUGCAGAGUGUUUCUUUAUGAGCAGUUAGAGAAGUGUGGAUCCUUUUUGCCUUUCUUUUUUUCCCCCAUCCAAAAAGCUGAUCCUGACAGAAAGUCCUGAGUUAAAGACAAGGGUGAAAACACUUGUUUGAGCAAUCUUUUACCCAGAAACAGCUUCUUGCUCUUUCCCCUUCUUGCUGCCCUGGAAAUGUGCUUGAAGAUAUCUGAGUAUCACACAGCCCUCUUGGCAGGUACAGAAAUCAUGUUUUGCAGCCUGGGGCACAUUGGCAAUUGUCCUGUAAGAACAUGUGGGACAAGAAGGUCUCAUACUUGGCCUGUUGUGAUAUGAUUGAAAGCACAUUUGUGUAGCUUGGACCCUCUGCUUGGUUUUGGUUUCAUCUCAGUGCUAACCAGAAGUCCAAGAAGGGAGCAUGGACCAGCCCAGUGGAAGGAGUUUCAUGCAAGUUCUUUGUGAGAAAUACAGCCCUGAGAACUUCCCAUAUCGUCGUGGACCUGGUAUGGGGGUGCAUGUCCCAGCAACUCCACAGGGCUCACCUAUGAAAGAUCGCCUCAACCUUCCGAGUGUGCUGGUACUGAACAGCUGUGGCAUAACCUGUGCAGGGGAUGAGAAUGAAAUAGCUGCCUUCUGUGCUCAUGUGUCUGAGCUAGAUCUUUCUGACAAUAAACUGGAAGACUGGCAUGAGGUCAGUAAAAUUGUGUCCAACGUUCCCCACUUGGAGUUUCUAAACUUGAGUUCCAACCCUCUCAGUUUGUCCGUUUUAGAGCGAAGGUGUGCUGGCUCUUUCGCUGGGGUUCGCAAACUUGUGCUCAACAACAGCAAAGCUUCCUGGGAGACAGUCCACACAAUCCUGCAGGAAUUACCAGACUUGGAGGAGCUCUUUCUGUGCCUUAAUGACUAUGAAACAGUGUCUUGUUCUCCAGUUUGCUGUCAGUCUCUCAAAUUACUCCACAUAACUGAUAACAAUCUUCAAGACUGGACUGAAAUUCGAAAACUGGGAAUUAUGUUUCCAUCACUGGACACGCUUAUCCUGGCUAACAACAACCUCACAACCAUUGAAGAGUCAGAGGAUUCCCUAGCAAGGCUGUUCCCCAACCUGCGAUCCAUCAAUUUGCACAAGUCAGGUCUGCAUUGCUGGGAAGACAUUGACAAGUUAAAUUCUUUUCCCAAGCUCGAGGAAGUGAAAUUGCUAGGAAUCCCUUUGCUGCAGUCCUACACCACUGAGGAGCGCAGGAAGCUGCUAAUAGCCAGGUUGCCGUCUAUCGUCAAGCUCAACGGAAGCAUCGUUGCCGAUGGGGAGCGAGAGGACUCGGAGCGAUUCUUCAUCCGGUAUUACAUGGAAUUCCCAGAGGAGGAAGUCCCGUUCAGGUAUCACGAGCUGGUCACGAAGUAUGGGAAGCUGGAGCCCUUGGCAGUGGUGGAUCUUCGGCCACAGAGCAGCGUGAAGGUGGAGAUUCACUUCCAGGAUAAGGUGGAAGAGAUGUCCAUCCGUCUGGAUCAGACUGUGGCAGAAUUGAAGAAGCACUUAAAAACUGUCGUGCAGUUGUCAACAAGCAACAUGCUGCUCUUCUACUUGGACCAGGAAGCUCCCUUUGGUCCCGAGGAGAUGAAAUACAGCUCGCGAGCACUGCAUUCCUACGGCAUUCGGGAUGGAGAUAAAAUUUACGUGGAGCCCAGAAUGAAAUAGCCUCUUUUCGGGUGCACACACAUGCCCCCCCACACCCACACACAUGCAUUAAGGAGUUUUGGCAAGGUUUUUGUUUCGGUUGGUUGGUUGAGGUUUGGUUGUGUUUCUUUAGCAGGUGAUUUCUUAGCCCGGAGGACGUGCCCUGAUCUGAAAACCAUGCCUGCCAUCCACUGCAGGUGACCUUGAGGUGACAGUUGACUUCAGUGCGUGUGUUUCAGUGUGUGCAAUACCUUGAUGUUUCCUUUGAUGCUCCGGUAUACUCGUGAUUUGGCAUGAAUGGUCACUUGUUCAAGCUAAAGGGUGCUAGGGUCCAUAAGGGAGACGAUAGCUCGGUGCAGAAUUUGACCUGUUGUCUUCUCUGUCUAAAUUGUUAGGGUUUGGGCUCCACCAGAGCACCCUAUGGCCUAGCUAUCCAACUGUGGCUCGAGCUUGCUCAAGUAUUUGUUUGCAGCUAGGUGCUGUCUCAACCUUUUGUUACGCUCGAGUUCAGUGACAAGAUCUAAAACAGUAUUCCGCUUGAUUCAGAGCUCAGGUACUUAGUGCAUCCACUUAAUUCCACUGGUUUGGGUUAGAUGAGUGCACGAAAUGGGGGAAAGAAAGAGACCCUUAUUAGAAAGAAACAAUUUAUUUUCAAAAUGCAGGCUUUAUAUCCAUACUGUCCUGAUUUUUUUGG